AUGGAAUUGGUUUACUGUUUCAAAUGUAAAAAAUAUACUGAUACUACUGACAUAUUUAAUGUUGAAACAAGCUCGAAACGUUCUAUGAUAAAAGGGUUAUGCCAAGAUUGUAAAACAAUGAAGUGUAAGCUAAUUCCAACAAUCACAGGAGGUUCUGGAUUAGGAGAUAUCAAGGAGGUUAAAAUUAGUGAAAAAUCUAAAAUUCUUAGACAAUCCACAAGUUCCGAAGGUGAAAGAGAUCUUUUGGAAAAAGCUUAUUAUUCUCCUAAAACAGGUUUCUGCGGUAUCAAUGAGUUAUCAAGAAUAACAAAGGUGUCACAGAAAAAGGUUAAAGAGUUCCUGAAUGAACAAGAUGUUUACACUCUACACAAACCAGCUAGGAAGAACUUCAAGAGCCAAAGAGUUUACUUCAAUGGAAUUGAUGAUCAAUGGCAAUCAGAUCUCGUAGAAAUGAUUCCCUACGCGGAAAAAAAUAAAGGUUAUAGAUAUCUUUUAACAAUUAUAGAUUGUUUCAGUAAUUAUAGGUAA